AUGACACGCAACGAAAUUGUUCAACCAUUUCGGUGCGAUGAAGCACUGCCAAUCGUUACGUGGAACAUUCCAUACGAUGAAGCGUGUGACAAUCACAUCUCCAGAACACUGGACUGUUCACGGCCUUUCCUCAUCAUCUCCCGCUCCAUGAGUAGCACCACCGAUGCGGUUGACAGGAUCAGCAAGGCACUGUCGAGCUCUCACAUCGCAGGGAUCCAUAGAGGCAUGAAGCCCCAUACCUGGUAUUCUGAAGUUCUGGAAAUCAGCAAAGAGAUCGAACAAUCCGGGGCAGACUCUGUGAUUACCAUUGGGGGCGGUAGUAUUAUUGACGGAGCAAAGGCUGCAGUUUUCGCUGUUUCAAAUGCGGUGGAUACCAUGCAAAAAAUGGACGAUUUAUUCAGAAUGAGCCACGAGCGUCUUACACGCGCGGAUGGUUCAAGCUGCCCUGGAGUCUUGAGCUCAGAGCUAGGCUUAAAGCCGUCAGCAAUACCGAUAGUAACUGUCUCGACGACUUUAUCGGGCGGAGAGUAUAACCAUGUUGGUGGGGCUAGUAACGAUCUCACUAAGCUCAAGCAGCUUUUUGUUGAUCCUGCACUGUCAGGGCCUCGCGUGAUUGUCCUGGACCCGGUUUUGACUCUGGGUGUCCCUCAACAAGUAUGGCUUUCAACCGGCAUGAGGGCCAUUGAUCAUUCCGGGCUGAAACUCUUGAUACCUGCGUUGCUACGCACCGCGAAGGACCCUAAAGAUCUCGACGCUCGCCUUGCCGCUCAGCGCGGGGCAUGUGAGAGUAUGAAGGGACUAUGUGUUUACCGAACGCCUCUAGGCGCAUCUCACGGCAUUGGACAUCAACUUGGCCCCUUUGGAGUGCCACAUGCAGAAACCAGCUGUAUCCUGCUCCCCGCCGUGCUGAAGUAUAACUAUUCGGCAAACUACGAAAGGCAGGCCAAGCUUUUCGCUAUAAUGUGGGAGGACACAGUGGUGUCCGAGGUCCUGCGAAAACAUUCGCUCUCUCCAGGUUCAAGUGAUCUUGGGGAUCUGUUGGAUGCGAUUAUCUGCGAGCUCGAGCUGCCGCGCAGCUUGAGGGGAUAUAGAAUAGGAAAGGAUCAGCUGCGGUCCAUUGCAAAAAAUAGCUUGAAGGACGCUAUGUGCAGGACCAACCCCAUUCCUAUCACCACCGAGGAACAGGUUAUGGCCAUUCUAGAGAAAUGCUUCUAA